GGCUCCGAGGGCCGAAACCGGGUGGGGCUGGGACAGGUGGCUGCGCUCGCGCGCGGGGCCUGACUCCUGCCCGAGACCGCGCCGCCGGGAUGGGCUGCUCCAGCAGCGCCCUCAACAAGGCCGGCGACAGCAUCAGGCUCCGCAGUGAAGAAAGUGAGUCCUGCUUUGCCCAACCCAAACCAUGUACACUGGGAAGAGAAUCUACUAUUUAUGGCAAGAUACAAAAGGAAAGCCUUCCUUCAUUAGAGAAGCUCCAGAUUUCAGCGGUGUCUACAGCUAAUGGUGUUAAAUUCCUCCAUGAACAGCCCCUGGCAAAGGAUGCUGCAGACCCUCCAGGAUCCAUGGAGAAGAUUCAGCCUCUAGAAGGACUCAAGGAGUCUGGACCACCUCAGCCAGGUGGCAAAGAUGAUACUGCAGGAGCAGAAGACAAGAAGAAAGACGUGGAAACCGUGACAAAGGCUCAGCCUUUAGAAGGAAAUACUAAAACUGAAACUUUAGGAAUAGAAGCGAAGCAUCAAUCUUUGAGGAUGGUGGGACAGAGGGGCUGUCCUGGAGUCAUGGGAGGUACCGAGAAUCCACAAACUGCCCAAGAGAUGAAACCUCUAGGAAUAGCUGAAAAUAUUCCACCACUGGAAGCAGGUAGAAAGCCACAAUCUCAAGAAGCAAUGGGAAAAGAUGAACAACCUAAACUCCCAGAAACUGUUUCCACAGAGACUGAAUCUCCAGAAAUAUUGGACGGAAGCCAACUUGUGGAAACAGCGAAAGAGCAGCAACUUCAAGAAGCACUGGGAAGAGAUGAGCAGUCCCAACUUCUAGAAACAAUUCCCAAACAAAAUGGAUCUCCAGAAAUAUUGGAAGGAUGUCACCUCGUGGAAACAACUCCCGAAAGUCUAGGAAACAUGGAGCAGAUUCAACCUGAAGGAACAGUUGGUAGCACAGAGCAUCCAGCAGGAAUUCUAGAAACAGAGACAAAUGUGGAAACGGUCAGGAAAACUCACAGUAACAAAGAGGACCAAAACAUUGAAGGUGAGACAGGAGAAGUGGUUGAAACAGAGAUGGAGAAUGAGAAAAUUAGCAAAGGGGCUGAAACAAAAGAAGAAGAA